AUGACCACUAACACCACGGAGGAGGAAGUAGCAGCCGCGGCCCCACCGCCUUGCCGGGGCUCUAACUGCCUCUCCCCCAAUAUCGCCAAAGGCAAGCGCACAAAGAGACAACGGCCCCAUUCCCCGACCCCGUCAUUCCCCCUCGAACCCUCACGAGAUCACGCGCCGGGCCCAGGCCCGGGCUCGAGCCCGGCCUCCUCUAAUGGGAGCACCACCACGGAGGAAGAGGACACGGCCCGGUGCUUGAUCUUCUUGGCCCGUAGCCAUUUCCCCACCUCAAACAAGCAUCCGAGCACCUCGUGCAUGUACGCUUGCAAGACGUGCAACCGGGCCUUCACGUCCUUCCAAGCCCUCGGAGGCCACCGGGCCAGCCACAAAAAGCCCAAAAAUGAGCCUAGGAAGCCCGCGGCAGUUCCUCCUGACAAGGAGGAUUUUGUGCCGGCGUCCAAGAGAAGAAUGUUGCAGCCGAGCUCUCUUCACUUGGCCAAUGUCGUAGGGCCGGGCCCAGGCCCGGGCCCAAAGAUGCUAUCUUUUCCGAGGGUUCACGAGUGCUCGUGCUGCGGAGCUGAGUUCGCUUCAGGCCAGGCCCUCGGAGGCCACAUGAGGCGGCACUGGGCCGGGCCUGCAGGCCGGGGUCCCGAGGAAGGGAAGAGGCAGGGGAAUGGGCCACCAUUGGAUCUCAAUCAACCGGCUCCGGAGGAUGAAAAUCAACGGUUUAGAUUCGUCGCAAGGGAACAACAAGGUUCGGACAAGUUGGUUUUGUCCUCGGCUAACUCUCCAACAUUAAUUCACUGCCAUUAUUGA